GAGACUGGGCGUGAAUGAAUACGGCCAUCUUCUGUCGCCGGGCACGAGAGGAGAAACAGCACCAGUCAUGGCAGACUACUCGAACGUGGCUCCCCCGUCCUCUAACGCGCCCGCCGGGAUGAACGACGCAUUCAAAGACGCGCUUCAACGAGCGAGACAGAUCGCGGCUAAGAUCGGAGUCGACGGCGUUGCUGCACCUACAACAAACGAGUUUGGCUACGGAGGCCAGAAAAGGCCCCUGGAAGAUGCUGGUGGGUAUUUUCCCAUGCCUAACCUCAAUAUAGACCAACCAGAGACAAAGAAAGUGGCACCUAGUGACCCCUUCUCGGGUGGAAUGGGCGGAAUGGGAGGAAUGGGAGGUCCCCCAAGGUCCGCAUCAGAGGACUUCAAGGUUCCCGAUGGCAUGGUUGGAUUCAUUAUUGGGAGAGGCGGAGAGCAGAUAUCCCGUAUGCAGCAGGAAUCUGGAUGUAAAAUACAGAUCGCCCCAGACAGCGGCGGCAUGCCCGAUAGAUCGGUGACAUUGACAGGAUCCCCAGACGCCAUCCAGGCUGCGAAGAGGCUCCUCACAGAGAUUGUGGAGAAGGGUCGCCCAACACCAGCAUUCCACCACAACGAGGGCCCUGGCAUGUCGGUUCAGGAGAUCAUGGUCCCUGCUUCUAAAGCCGGCUUGGUCAUUGGCAAGGGAGGGGAAACCAUUAAGAGCCUUCAGGAAAGAGCCGGAGUUAAGAUGGUCAUGAUCCAGGAGGGACCUCAAAACACGGGCGCAGACAAACCUCUCCGGAUUUCGGGGGAAGCUUUCAAAGUUCAGCAAGCCAAAGAGUUGGUGAUGGAGCUGAUCAGAGACCAGGGGUUCAGAGAGCAGAGGGGGGAGUAUGGCUCUAGGUUGGGGGGUGGUGACAGCUUAGAUGUGAGUAACAUUGAAGUCCCAGUGCCGAGGUUCGCGGUCGGCAUCGUCAUCGGUAGGAACGGCGAGAUGAUCAAGAAGAUCCAGAGCGACACGGGCGUCCGCAUCCAGUUCAAACAAGACGACGGCACCACGCCGGAGAGGAUAGCCCAGAUCAUGGGCCCCCCCGAGCAGGCCCAGCACGCGGCCGACAUCAUCUCCGACCUCCUGCGCAGCGUCCAGGCCGGCGGACCCCCGGGUCACGGGGGGGGCAGGGGGCGGGGCCGCGGACAGGGCAACUGGAACAUGGGCCCCCCCGGAGGCCUGCAGGAGUUCACCUUCACCGUCCCCACCAUGAAGACCGGCCUCAUCAUCGGCAAGGGGGGCGAGACGAUAAAGGGCAUCAGCCAGCAGUCGGGGGCCCGCAUCGAGCUCCAGAGGAACCCCCCGCCCAACGCCGACCCCAACAUUAAGAUGUUCACCGUGCGCGGCUCCCCCCAGCAGAUCGACUACGCCAGGCAGCUCGUGGAGGAGAAGAUCGGGUGUCCGGUCACCCCAAUGGGAGGACCCCAUGGUCCACCUGGGCCUCACGGAGGACCCGGCCCCCACGGCCCCCCAGGGCCACCAGGCCCACCCGGUGCGCCAAUGGGGCCCUACAACCCGGGACCCUACAACCAGGGGCCCCCCGGUCCACACGGUCCUCCGGCCCCCUACCAGCCUCAGGGAUGGGGCAACGGCUUCCCCCACUGGCAGCAGGGCCAGCCUGACCCUAGUCACGAUACAUGUCCAGACAAAGCUGCUGCUGAUGCCAACGCUGCGGCGUGGGCGGCGUACUACUCCCAGUACGGCCAGCAGCCCCAGGCCCCCAUGACCCCCACCGGCGGAGCCCCCGGAACCACGCAGUCCAACGGCCAAGGUGGCCCGCAGGCGCCAGGUCAGAGCGGACAGGCAGAUUACACCAAGGCCUGGGAGGAAUAUUACAAGAAAACGGGCCAACAGAGUCAGCAGCCCCAGGACUACACGAAAGCAUGGGAAGAUUACUAUAAGAAGCAAGGUCAAGCCGCGCCCCAGGCCACGGCGGCCGCCACCGCCCAGCCCGGAGGCCAGCCGGACUACAGCGCCGCCUGGGCCGAGUACUACCGCCAGCAGGCCGCCUACUACGGCACGGCCAGCCCCCAGGCCAUGGGCGGAGCCCCCCAAGCCCCCCAGGGCCAGUAAUGUGACGUGGACAUAAAGUAAAUGCUUCAUUGUCGAAACAAAUCCUUUGUUAAAUGUUUGGAUGCAGACGCCUUGAUGAAGAUCUUAAAUUUCCUUGGUUUGAAGGUGUGCUCGUAGACGGCCCCUCGUCCGGCGAACAUGUCCUCCUUUUUUUUUUGUUUUCCUUUACUUAUCUUGUAAAUGCUUUGUUUUUAGUGGUGGUCAUUCCAGGCCUGUAUCUACACAAUGUGGUUUGAACUCAUGUUAAAUUGUAGUCAUUGCCAUGUAUAUCAUCUCAGUUUUAAAUGCUAUUCCCUGUUGUGUUUUGCAAUAAAACGAAAUGAAACCUCCUGUGUUGGUAAGUUGGGAUGCUUAGAGGGGUUGAUGUUAUAUUGUGUAUGCUCUUGUUUUGCUGUUGGGGAGGGGGGGUGGGUCAAUCAAAAAAAGCUUCAAAUUCAGACCCUGGUUAUUUUUGUAGUCCCUUCAAAUGGCUGACUUUAAGUUGUACUCUUCUGUAUCUCUCUCUCUCUCCCUCAUCUUUUGGCAACCAGUUUCAUGGCUGUCUAGUAGACCUGUUGCGUCCAUGCCUUUUAUCCAGAGUCCAAUAGACCUGUUGUUCCAUGCGAGUGCUUCUUUAGAAUCGGGCAGAUGUUUGUGUCGUUGGAGACCUUUUGCAUUGACUCAUGCAUUAACUGCAAUACUCUGGCGUUGUGUUUCUUUAAUCUUGCCUGGUGAUGAUCUUUGUUGAGGUAGUAUGCACUGUUCUGCCAUCAUAGACACUUCCUCCCCCACAGGCCAGUUUAGAAAAGCGGUAAGCAAGUAUGUGUGUCUCUUUUGUUUGAAGAUAUUUUUCCGAAUUUAUGGCAGCAAGAAAUGUUGCACCGUAGUAUAUAUUUUUUGUGCUGUUCUUUUCCAGGACAGUAAGGUAAAUUGUCGUAACGUAUAUAAUAUUUGCAUUGAAAAGUUUUUGCUCUUUUCCUCCUUUUUAAAUUGUCUCACAUGAACCCCAUGUAUAGACUUUUAAAGAUUUUUGAUAUAAAAACCACUGCAAAAGUCAUUGUUUUUGCUCUGACAAUUCUGUUAGUGUUUGAUCAUAAGAAUAUGGGUUUGUAGGGUCGAUUGGCUAAGCAGUCCUUCAUCCUUGAGUUGAGCCCUCCUAUAAUGUAAGUACAAUAACUGAGAGCUUAUUUCACUGUUUGCCAAAUUGCAAAUGUAGUUUUGUCCAAUUAUUGCAAUUCUCCCGUUUGUUGGGGUAAGUAUGUUAGAGCGGUUGUGAUUCCUUUAGAAUUGGUUCAAUCUCUUGUACUUUUAACUGUUUGAGAAUGUUAAAAUUUUCCUUCAACGUCUACAUAAAUGCAUUGCAACAUUAUGGAAAGCAUAUUGAAUCGGUUUGCAAUGUAGUUUGUUUUAGAUUAGUCUUGAUAGGCCGCAAUUCUGACUUACCAAACGGAUGCAGGGAGUGACUUAUCUAGGCAAACUGAAGGUUUAUAGGAACUGUUCAUGUGGUUGUUUUUCCAUGUUGUCGACAUGUGACCUGCCAAGUGCAAUGUGGUUUAGAACGCGGUAUGAUUUGACUCGUUUUCAAAUGCCAUCUUAUUCAGCAAAGUUGACAUGAAAGUCUAGCAUGUGUAGAUCUCUGCUUUGUUUCUGAUUCCCCCCCCCCACACACAACGAGCACUGCCGGUAGAGGAAGUACUCGAGUAGCUCAACGUCUUGAUUUUGACUGCGCCAUGCAAUGGUUGUGAUGACGCACUGCAGUGACGGGCUGUUGAUUUAAAUCCAAACCUUUAUGACUGCAUUGUUCACUGAUGGCAAAGUGCAAUAUCUGAUCUUUGCAGUGUCACCCCAGACCCUUGCACCUUAGGUUCUGCUGCAGUAACACAGGUAAGCGAACCCUAAGGAAACAAAGUGUUUUUCUUUGACCUGUGACUUAACCUGCAUACAUGCACAAAGAUGCUCACGUGCUGUGAUACAUGCCUAAAAUGCAUCUUAUUGGUUCUUUGCAAACAUCUGGAGAAUUGAAUAUCAACUGCUCUGCUUAGAUAUCGAUGUGCUCUCACUGACUUUGCAUGAUAUGCGUUCUGAUGACCUGUUCCGUUAGAUCUGACUUGAGCCAUUACAAUGUUUAUUUUAAGAACGGCACAAAUUGACCAGUAUUCCCAUUGUCCAUGGGUCUUUUCUAAAAGGUCUUUGUAGUACAUAUUAAGUCUUUGAUAAUAGCGUUUUCUGCAAUGAAAGUGUGGCACUGAAUACAUAUCGAUCACCCCCCCCCUCCCUUUCUUGUAUUUGGAUAGAAACUUAUAGCAUGCCUUUUGAUUAUUAAGUGGAGGUUAUCAGUUGUCUUCUGCCCGAAUCCCCACACUUAACAUUGAUGCUCACUGUGUGAUGGUGUGAAAUUGUCCAAAGUGCAGUCAAAUCUUAUCGUUUUUUAAACUGUUGCUACCUUCACUUCUUGCUCACAGUGCUGGAGGCGUAGAUCGUAGAAUCAGGCCCGUGGUAGUUUGACCCCCAAAACGAGGAAUCCUUUGAGUCUUUACUGCUGCGCAACAGUAGACCGUUCCCAGAGCUCCAGUGAUUAAGGUAAACACAAUGCAAUGAAAUACAAAAGCUGAAAUUGCAGUGUUCUGUGCGAUGCAUUCUUUGAAUUCGGAUUGUUUCUUAACCAUUUCAUUGAGUUAUCUAAUGGCUAUUUAAAUUAUGUUGGAUAUCUUGUUCUUAUCUUGCCCUAAAUAACACCUUGAACAGAACUAAUGCUUAAAGUGAGACAGUCUAGGAUCGGAUGAACUUCGUGCUUAAACACUUCUUGACUUGCAUUUAUAUUUCUGGGGUGUUGGGAGAGGGGGGGGCUGGCUAUUUUUUUAUACUGGCAUUUUAAUAAAUCGUAGUAAAACCUGUAGUGAAAGGGUCACAUUGUUUGAAGUUGCCUGCUUUUCUAUCUGAGAUGCUCUUUUUCAUCUGGGCUGAUGUGAGUUUCAACAAGGAGGUCGUGGGGUUGUAGAAGACAAACGGCAGUGAGCAAUCAGGAGCAUGCCUUAGAGGUAAACACAAGGUUUCAUGUACUGUGUAUAUUAUGGAAUGUAUUAUGGUUUUUAUUUGACUUGAUGUUGCCAUGUCCACUAAUAAAAUUGUAAUUAAUUAGUUAA